AUGGCUGCCAGUGUUGCUAAGAAGCGGAAGUACAAUGAUGAAUACAUUAACUACGGAUUUACAUCAAUCCUCGCUGAUGGCAUCGAGAAACCUCGGUAUGUUCUCUUGCCUGACAUCAAGGAUGAAUAUUUGUUCUGUACACAGCUUGAAACUGCCACAACAGCUUUAGAUGUGAUGGAAAAGUUGACUUCUUUCUUCACAACUAACGGGAUCACCAGGAAAAAUUGUUGUGGAGGCUGUACUGAUGGGGCCCCGACGAUGCUGGGAUCGAAACCAGGGUUACAGAAGCACGUCAAGGAAGUAGCUCUGAAUGCCAAAGGGGUUCAUUGUAUGAUCCAUCGUUUUGCACUAGCGUUGAAAACCCUCCCUGAUGCCCUUUGCAAGAUCCUGGAGGCAGUGGUAAAAUGCGUCAACUUUGUGAAAGCAGGAGAUUUAAAGUAUCGCCUUUUCCAGAGCCUCUGUAGAGGCACGGAUUCAGAGCAUGAAACCCUCCUCUUUUACUCCAAAGUGUGA